GACGGCGACGACGACGACGACGACGACGCGAGGGGGGACGACGCGGCGGCGUACGAGGGCGACGUCGAGGUGUCGCCCGAGGACGAAGCCGCGCUCGCGGCGUUCAUGGCGCCGAAAUCCGGGAAGGAGCGCACGCUCGCGGACAUCAUCCUGGAUAAGAUCAAGGAGAAGGAGCGAGGCGGCGGCGGCGGCGGGGAUCGAACCGGCGGCGACGACGACGAGAUGGACGCCCGGGCCGCGGUCCCCGCGGGGAUGGACGAGAAGGUGGUGGACGUGUACCGUCAAGUGGGCGACCUUCUGAAGCGAUACACCACGGGGAAGAUACCGAAGGCGUUUAAGAUCAUCCCCGCGCUGUCGAACUGGGAGGAGGUGCUGUACCUGACGUCCCCGGAGAAGUGGUCGCCGCACGCGAUGUAUCAGGCCACGCGUCUGUUCGCGUCCAACUUGAACGCGAAGAUGGCGCAGCGGUUUUACUCGUUGGUGUUGCUCCCGCGCGUGAGAGACGACAUCGCGGAACACAAACGCCUGCACUUCGCGCUGUAUCAGUCGCUGAAGAAGGCGACGUUCAAGCCCGCGGCGUUUUACAAGGGCAUACUGAUCCCGCUGUGCGCGUCGAGGACGUGCACGCUGAGAGAGGCGGUGGUGUUGUCGUCCGUCUUGACGCGCGGCGCGAUUCCGAUGUUGCACUCCGCGGCGGCGCUUCUUAAGCUCGCGGAGAUGCAGUACGCGGGCACGACGAGUUUCUUCAUUCGCGUGCUGCUGGAUAAGAAGUACGCGCUGCCGUUCCGCGUCAUCGACGCGCUCGUGGACCACUUCCUCCGGUUCAAGAAAGAGACGCGGCAGCUGCCCGUGGUGUGGCAUCAGUCGUUGCUCUGUUUCGUGCAGCGAUACAAGAACGAGAUACGAGCGGAGGACAAGCUUCUGAUUCGCAAGCUCGCGGACCUCCAGCACCACUACCUGAUAUCUCCGGAGGUGAAGCGCGAGCUGUCGCAAGGCCGGAGCCGCGGGGAGAAGGAC